CCAAGAGCUGGCUGGUGUCUGGUGGAUGGGGAGAGGGAUGGGGACAAUCCCACAAGUGCCUGGGCUCUCGGGUGGGCAGGUGUGUGUGUCUUAAGUCGGUGAUGGGGGCAGGUUUGCUCCUAACAGAACACUAGAGGCACUGCACUUUCCUGCCCAGGGCUCUGGUGUGGUCAGAGUCUCCUGUGGCCAAUUGGGAGGCCUCAUCCCAAGACAGACUCCCUGGGUGACCUUGGGUAGUGCCUGCUACCCAGAAGGCAUCUGGCCCUCAAUGCCCACAGCAUGGAUACCUAUUUUGGAGGGACAGGAGAGGGCUCUGUUGACCCCAAGCAGCCCUCUAAGAGUGUGUAUGGAGGGGGCCUGUGGGUGGGACCCCACAGCAUGCCGUGUGCCGGGCUUGUAGGCUCCUGGGUUGUCCUGCGGUGACCUGACAGUGUGGGAAGGGAGGGGCCACUGAGGAGCCAAGUGCCAGCUGCACCUAAGGCCCGGGGCGGGGCCUUCUGCAUGGUGGUGCUGAGCAAUUGGAGGCACCUCUGGAUCAGGCCGUGGGCCACCAGGCACUGGGCCCUGGCACAGGGGCGGGGCCUGCGGUCCCAGCCUCAGUCUCCAUCUGUGGGAAGGGUCCCACGCUGCAGUCCUAUGCACCCAGGUUGCGCGCCCCCGGCCAGAGUUGGAGUCUUGGCCGGGAUGCGAAACUCUUGAGUUUAGGAAUCAGCGGUCCCCAGCCGGGCUCACCGGUCCUGCCUCUGCGGAGCACAGAAGACGCCGCCCCAGCCCUAGGGGGCGCACCGCAGGGGGACGCGCGGCCCCUGCGGUGUGCGGGGCGGGGCGGUGGACGCUCAGCGCUGUACUGCUGCUGGGCAGACCCCGGUGGCACCCGCGCUGGCUAGUACGGUAGCGGAGGAAGGGCGCCUACUCCAGGCAAUACGGCGGCGGCUCCUCCCUUGGCGCGGUCACGUCCCCCACGUCCCGCGGCCGGCCGCACGGGCGGAGCAUCCUCCCCUUCCCCCUCCCGACCCAGCUCCGGUGGGACACGCCCAGAGUGGCCGACCCCCACCCGCAGCCGGGCGGCAGGAGCCAGCAGGCCCGUCCAUCGGAGGAGGGGCCUCGGCUUCCCGCGCCCAGCCCUAGUGCCCUCGCCUCGUCUCACCUCUUCCCACCUGUCUCCCUCCACGCCUGAUCCUGGGUGGGCGGGCACCUCCGGAGCCCUGGCCUUCAGGCGGAAGGCUGCAGGGGAGUGGAGGAAUGGGUCCAGAUGGCCGGGCGGAGGGGCAGCCCAUGCAGGGUCCCACAGGCUUUGGUGUUGGGGGAGGGCAGCUCUGCGCUCACCCCAACCUCCACAGCAGCCUCAGCCACUGACCGCAGCCUUGCUGAGAACUAGAGCAGAUCACCAGGGCUGUCCACUGUGUGGCAGCCAAGGGUAGAAGCCUCCUUGUAGGAGGUGGGACUUGAGGGCGCCAUCCCUGGGGCCACACUUCUGGGGGUCCUAGCCGAGAUCUGUACUCAGCCAGUUGCUAGCCUUGGGUGGCAGUAUCCAGCCUGGCAAAUGAGGCCAGUGUUUCCACCCCACUGGCCCCGCGAAGAGGAUGUGAGCGGACAAGUGGGAGCCUGCAGGGGUAGGAGGCAGGCAGGGGAACCAGGGUGGAGGGCCCAGGCCAGCGCCCCGCCCCCACCAGCCUUCUGACCUCUCCCUGGAAGCCGCCCCUGCCCCUGUGUAUCUCUGCACUGGUGGGGACAGGGCUGAGGGUGCUGGCUUCCUCCCGCAGGGAGGGGCACACUGCUGGUUACCUGAUUAUUUAUUUAUUUUUAGUUUUUGGUGGACACAACAUCUUUAUUUUAUUUUUAUGUGGUGCUGAGGAUCCACCCCAGCGCCCCAUGCAUGCCAGGCGAGUGCUACCGCUUGAGCCACAUGCCCAGCCCCGGUUACCUGUUUUCACGACAGUGUCAAAGAGGGAAGGAAGAAUGGGAACCCGGAAGCAGGCCCUCCCUCUCCCUGAUUCAGCACCUCCAACCCUCAAAGGCCAGGUCCUAGCACAAAGGGACUGUUUCCUUGGUUCUCAGGGGUCUGGAAUUUGAUUGAAGGAAUAUAAUUGUCCCUGUGCCUGCCACCUGCCUGGGCCACAAAGGCAGGGUCGUUGCAGGGACCUGGCUGCACUCCUGGGGCUGACAGUCCAGCCUAAGGAUUCAGGCUGCUGAAGGGUGAGGUUUCUGGGGAGGCCAAGAAAGAGCAGGCUGGGGCACAGGGUUGUAUGGGAGGCCUGCAGUACAGGCAGAGGGGAGAGUACAGGGGCCCCACAGGCCUGACUUGGGAGGGUACCCUGGAGUCUCCCCGAGGGCCAAGGUUCUCCAUGUACCCCUCCCAUGAACUGUCCCCUGUCAGUUCCUGGUGGUCUGGGGUAUGGGGCCUUGGAAGGACCUCCAGGGAUCAGCCCUGGGGAGUACCUGGAGCUCCUGCUAACCCAGAUGCACCCAGGGAGAUCAGCUUUCUGUAACCCAGAGGCCAGUUUAUUUCUGGGCUGGUUCACAUGCUUCCCUGGGAGGGUAAAUGUCACCAAAAGGCCAGGCUGCUGGGCGUGCCCAUGGAUACGCUGUGGGAGAGGGACCAUGGUGGGUGCUGCUGCUUCCUCUGGGUGGAGACAGAUGGAUAAUUAGCCUGCACACACCUCAGCCUACCUAUGCUCAGGGUCCCUGGGAGGUGGAGCCACAGACUUGCUCUUCCUGAGCAGCCAGGUGUAAGAGGUCCCAGACCCUCACUCCACCUACCCUGCCCCAAGCCUGGCUGGCAGACAGCCAGCUUAAAGUCAACCUCUGGUCUGAAAAACCACAACCUUGCUGAAGCCUCACUCUGCAGCGUCUCUGGGUGACAGGUUGGAGUAGGCACUGAGAGCUGGCUGGCUGCACACCACUGGUGGGAGACGCUGCGCAGGCUACACUGAAGGCCUCGGGUUCCAGACACCCAGGGACACAGACCCUGUCACAGCUCUCUCCCUGGUGCGGCAGAACCAGCCCUCCUGGCCAUGGGAGGAGCUGUGGUGGACGAGGGUCCCACAGGCGUCAAGGCCCCUGAUGGGGGCUGGGGCUGGGCCGUGCUCUUCGGCUGCUUUGUCAUCACGGGUUUCUCCUACGCCUUCCCCAAGGCGGUGAGCGUCUUCUUCAAGGAGCUCAUGCGGGAGUUCGGGAUUGGUUACAGCGACACAGCCUGGAUCUCCUCCAUCCUGCUGGCCAUGCUCUACGGCACAGGUCCCCUCUGCAGCGUGUGUGUGAACCGCUUUGGCUGCAGGCCUGUCAUGCUCGUGGGUGGCCUCUUCGCGUCCCUGGGCAUGGUGGCUGCCUCCUUCUGUAGGAGCAUCAUCCAAGUCUACCUCACCACAGGGGUCAUAACUGGCUUGGGCCUGGCUCUCAACUUCCAACCCUCCCUCAUCAUGCUCAACCGCUACUUCAACAAGCGGCGCCCCAUGGCCAAUGGGCUGGCGGCCGCGGGCAGCCCAGUGUUCCUGUGUGCGCUGUCGCCGCUGGGGCAGCUGCUGCAGGACCGGUACGGCUGGCGGGGUGGCUUCCUCAUCCUGGGCGGCCUGCUGCUCAACUGCUGCGUGUGCGCUGCGCUCAUGAGGCCCCUGGUGGCACCCCAGCCGGCCGGGGCACCAGGCCCCCAGCGGCCUGCCCGGCGCCUGCUGGACCUGAGCGUCUUCCGGGACCGGGGCUUUGUCAUCUACGCCGCCGCCGCCUCCAUCAUGGUGCUGGGGCUCUUCGUACCACCCGUGUUUGUGGUGAGCUACGCCAAGGACCUGGGUGUGCCCGACACGCAGGCUGCCUUCCUGCUCACCAUCCUGGGCUUCAUCGACAUCUUCGCCAGGCCCACAGCUGGAUUCAUCACCGGGCUCAAGAAGGUGCGGCCCUACUCGGUCUACCUCUUCAGCUUCUCCAUGUUCUUCAACGGCUUCACCGACCUGACGGGCUCCACCGCCAGCGACUACGGCGGCCUGGUGGUCUUCUGCAUAUUCUUCGGCAUCUCCUACGGCAUGGUGGGGGCCCUGCAGUUUGAGGUGCUCAUGGCCAUUGUGGGCACCCACAAGUUCUCCAGUGCCAUUGGCCUUGUGCUGCUGCUGGAGGCUGUGGCUGUGCUCGUUGGACCCCCGUCGGGCGGCAAGCUGCUGGACGCAACCCACGUCUACAAGUACGUGUUCAUCCUGGCGGGGAUUGAGGUGCUCACCUCCUCCCUGGUGCUGCUGCUGGGCAACUUCUUCUGCAUCAGGAAGAAGCCCGAGGCGUCACAGCCUGAGGAGGCUACCUCGGAGGCAGAGAGGCUCCAUAAGCCCCCCACGGAUGUGAGGGUGGACUCCCGGGAGGUGGAACACUUCCUGAAGGCAGAGCCUGAGAAAAACGGGGAGGUGGUCCACACCCCGGAGACCAGCGUGUGAGUGGCCUGGCGGGGCUGGCAGGGUGCAGGGAAGAGCUACAGAGACUGGCAACGCUUGUAUUUAUUUCACAAACAGGACCAGCUUAGGCAGGGCCACUGGCUCAGCGCUGGAUGCUGGUCAUCGGGUCAUCACCUGACCUGUGUUUUGCGGGGAAGGUGGCGGGGUGGGAACGUGUCAUUCCACAGCGGAUCUGCGGUGAAGCCAAGCCCAUGGUUACAAGCCGCCUGCUCACCCCAAGCAGCCCAUGCCCCCCACGUGGUCAAGGACCUAGAAGCCCAGGCUUUGAGACAACAUGACUUUAAUAGGAGGGCGGGCUGGGGCGGGCUGGCGAGCGGACACCUCCUCGAGGCCUUCCCUGGUGCCUGACUGACCCCCCGUCCUGCCCUCGCCUCCUACGGUGCCCACCCCUCUCUGUCUAGGGUACAAAGAGCUCAUUCCACCUGUGAAGGUGCGAAAUAAACCUGCGUGUGGCAGGAGUCUGGGGGGCCUGGUCCUCGGA